CUUUGUGCUCCUCUCUCUCCUAGUCUUUCUCUCUCUAGAACAGAAAAGGUGAUGCGGAUGCCAAGUUACCUUUCCCCUUUUCGUAUACAUUGAAUUUAGCAGAAAAAGAAAAGAAAAGGGUCUAUUAAUGGAUUCCAUUCACAGUCACCAAAAAUUUCCCCAUCUUUCUUCUAAUGACCUCAUCUGACCAUUUUCGUCCCUUCUCUGCCCCUUCCCAAUCCAAAACGACGCAGGCAAUUGGGGAAUCGAGAUUCCAUUAGAUAACAAACAAAAACCAGAGAAGAAUCAAGGGGGAAAAGAAACCCACUUUGUGAAUUUUUUAGGGUUCUUCUGCUUUGAAUCGCCCUCAAAAAGUUCAGAACUUUGCCUGCUAGAUGGGUGAAUUGGAGGAGAUUGCCGCUGAUAUAUGCUCGGACAUUGAUGCUGACGACCUGAAGUGUGACAACAUUGCGGAGAAAGAUGUCAGCGAUGAGGAAAUCGACCCUGAAGAGCUCGAGAAACGGAUGUGGAAGGAUCGAGUCAAGCUCAGGAGGAUCAAAGAGAAGCAGAGGAUAUCAGCACAGCAAGCCUUAGAGAAGCAGCAGAAGCAGCCCAAACAAUCAUCCGACCAAGCUCGAAGAAAGAAAAUGUCUCGAGCGCAAGACGGAAUCCUCAAGUACAUGUUGAAGCUCAUGGAAGUCUGCCAAGCACGGGGAUUUGUGUAUGGUAUAAUCCCCGACAAGGGCAAACCUGUGAGUGGAGCAUCGGACAACAUCCGAGCUUGGUGGAAAGAAAAGGUUAAGUUUGAUAAGAAUGGGCCUGCAGCAAUUGCCAAACACGAGGCAGAGUGUCUGGCGAUGAUGAACGAGGCGGGUGACAAUGCUCGACAUGGGAACUCCCAAGCUGUCCUCCAAGAUCUCCAGGAUGCGACGUUGGGGUCUCUUUUGUCGUCUCUAAUGCAACACUGUGAUCCACCUCAGAGGAAGUACCCGUUGGAGAAGGGAGUUCCACCACCAUGGUGGCCCAGUGGGAAUGAAGAUUGGUGGGGGAAAUUAGGGCUGCCCAGAGGGCAGAGUCCUCCUUAUAAGAAGCCGCACGAUCUCAAGAAGAUGUGGAAAGUUGGGGUGCUUACUUCUGUCAUCAAGCACAUGUCGCCGGACAUUGCUAAGAUAAGGAGGCAUGUCCGCCAGUCAAAGUGCUUGCAGGAUAAGAUGACGGCUAAGGAGAGUGCCAUUUGGUUGGGAGUAUUGAGUCGGGAGGAAGCCCUGGUUCGGCAGCCCAGUAGUGAUAUUGGUUCCGGAAUAACUGAGGUUCCCCCGGGUGGUCGAACUGGGAAGAAGAAAGCUGCGGUAAGUAGUGAUAGUGAUUACGAUGUCGAAGGUGUUGAUGAUGGUGUUGGUUCUGUGUCGUCUAGAGAUAGCAGGAGGAAUCAUCAGGGUAUGGAUGUCGAGCCAGUGAGUAGUCCAAGAACGGAGUUUCCUGAGCCAGUUAAGGUGAAGGAUCAAACAGAAAAACCAAGGAAGAGGAAAAGGACCCGAGACAAAUCGAAACAUGUUGAAGAGCCAUCGACGAAUGAUGAUCCUCAGACUAUGGCGGUUGAGCAGAGAACAACUAGUUUGCUUGACAUGAAUCAGGCCAAUAUACGGCCUCUUGAUCAACAUCAGAUGCUUGCAACUGACCAUAGCAGUCCUCAUCAGAUGCUUGCAACUGACAAUGAUAGUCAUCAUCAGAUGCUUGCAACUGACCAUGAAAGUCAUCAUCAAGUGCUUGCAACUGACCAUGACAGUCAUCAUCAGAUGCUUGCAACUGACCUAGAAAUUGAUCCGAAUGCCCAUCUUGAGGUUGAACCUAACCUUCCUACAACGGAGUUCAGCAACUACUUGUCUGGAAUCCCAUCUGGCUUAGAUGGAAGGGCUCAACUUUAUGAUCCAUUGGCACAAAAUUCAGACUUGUUUCAUCAUGGAAGCAGUUAUGAUUUCUAUGCUCCGGCAAUUGGCUUUGGGGAACAUGCUCCCCUGUCGGUGGAUGCACCACAUAUUAGGCAGGAUCACAAUGGAUUCCAGGUACCAGGAGGACUGCCUAUGAACGAAACCAAGAUUCCAGGAGGAGGAGGAGACCUGCAUAAUUUUGCCAAGGAUAUAUUUCCAAGCGGACAAGAUAGAUACUUGGGGUCUCCAUUCAACAAUGUGCCUUUAUUUGGAGACUUCAAUAGCCCAUUUGACUUGGAUAUCGAUGAGGAUCUGCUUGGGUGCUUUGGAGCAUAAGUUUUGGUUGGAAGUUAUCAGCAUAUUAAUUCGAUAGGUGCUUCCAAUGAUGAUGAUCAUGCGGUAUCUGCAGGGAGCACUGACCUAGUGACCUUGUAGACCAUGAAGGAACUGUUUCAUCUUCAAAUUCUGCCAAGUAGCACAGACAUUCACCCGGCCGCCACAUGGCAAAUCCGUACGAGAAUGUCUGUCUCAAAUCCCCCUCGACAACUGUUAAAAAGUUGGCCAAUCCUGCCCUUGGCUCAUCGUUAUGAAUCCAUUUUUUCACCGAGGAUAGAAAUGUCUACAGAAGCAGGAAUCCCAGGUCUCAGAAAUCAGAGCCCCAUUCUUUUACCUUAUUACCCCCCUCCACUUUGUGUGAAAAUCGAUCGUCAAGCCUCGUCAAUCGUCAUUGUUCAUAUCUCUUAACUCAGCAAAUCACAUCAGCUCCUGAAUAUUCCUCUGUUCUCCGUUCUUUCCCCAAGAAGAACCCCCUUUUUUUUCUCCUACAAUGGCGUCUGUCUCCAAGUUCCUAACUUUCAUGACCAUUCUGAUGAUGGUGGCUCUAAUCUCACUUGCUCGUUUACAAGAUGGGGAAACAGUAGAAAUCAGAGGAAGCAUAGCCAGGGGAGCUAGAAAGGAUCUGGGAGGCAAGAAGGUGAAGAAGCUGCCUGGUUUGGUAAUGGAGGACUCUGCCCGUGAAGUACCAACGGGACCCGACCCGCUCCACCAUCACGGUUACCCACCAAGCCCCUGAAAGAAGAACUCGGGUCGGUUUCAGAUUUUCGCCUGAUUGUGUAAAGGGUUUGAGUUUUGUCGCCAUUGAAGCUUUUCCAUAGUUCUAUUUUCCAUGGAUUUUACUGACAAACAGAGGGAGUACAAUUUUGUUUGUUAGGUGGAAUUUCUAGGGAUUGUAGCUAGAAAAGAACAAGGAUUUUUGUCUAAAGGAAUGUAGUUAUGUCUCUGAUCUACAGCUAGAAAACAACACAAGGAUUCAAAAAGAGUGUCCUCCGAAAAUCUCCAUGGUUCUUUAGCUU